GCACGAGCUGCGCACCGCCUGGUCUUUGUUGUGUCUGCGCGGCGGAGAGAUCGGAGACAAAACCCGGCGGAGCUGAAGGUCCGCUCGAAUCCUGGAGCUCUGCGCGCGGAUCCGAGAUCCGUGCACCACUGUCCCCCUGCGAUUUACUCCCAUUCACUUCAUCCGGCUCCAGAAACAUGUAGCCAGCCACAGUGUGUGUGUGUGCGCGCGCAUGCUGACGGGAUGGCAGAGCCUGCACCAGAUGACUAUAUCUGGUGUGAGGAUUGUGGACAGUUUCACAACUCGGAGUGUCCUGAGCUGGGUCCAGUGGUCACGGUAAAGGAUUCGUUUGUGCUGAGCCGGGCAAGAUCGUCUUUGCCAAACAGUCUGCAGAUUCGUCAGGCUGAGGAUGGAAUCGAGGGGGUGUAUGUUCUCCAGCGCCUCGUCAAGAGAACUCGCUUUGGACCAUUUGAAGCCAAAAGGGUCCACAACUUGAACACAGAGGGGGUGUUUCCUUUGAAGAUUUUUCAGAAAGACUGCUCUGUGGUGUGUUUUGAUACGUCUAAUGAGGAUGACUGUAACUGGAUGAUGCUGGUUAGACCUGCGACUGACCACAAGCACCAGAAUCUGACAGCAUACCAGCAGGAUGACGAGCUUUACUUUAAUACCUCUGAGGAUGUUCUGCCUGGUGUGGAGCUCAGAGUGUGGUACGGAGCUUUUUAUGCUAAAAAGAUGGGGAAGCCAGUACUGAAACCACCUGGACUUCCACCGCCAGCAGGCCAGCUGUUCAGCCCUCCAGCACACACGGCCUUACCCGCUACACCCUCACCUGUCCUGCAUGUGGCAGCAGUGGUGUCCCUGGACAGCAAUGGCAACGCCAGCCCAGCACCCAUUCCGGCUGGGACCAAACGGAGGCCGGGCAGACAGCGCAAGAUCAAGGGUCAGAAAUCAGGUUCUACUGCAACGUCUGAGAUCUUCAGAGACCACUCCGUUUCUGAGGUCUUCUCUUUUACCCCUGAUCUGACCCUGCCAGUGCUGGACGUUCAGGACUUCAUGAGUGAUGGAGAUGGCCUGCAGGUCAAGCUGACGAAAAACACACGUGGUCACAUGCCUCUUUCAAAGUCUGCUAUAAGGAAGCGUUUUCUAAGGCCGGGGAGAGACCAUAAGCGGGUGUAUCAGUGUGGUCUCUGUGGCAAAGUGUUCCAAAAUAGCAGCAACCUCAAUCGCCACAUUCGCUCCCACGGUGAUAAACUGUUUAAGUGUGAUGAGUGUGACAAGAUGUUCAGCCGAAAAGAAAGUCUGAAGCAGCACAUCUCCUAUAAACACAGCAAGAAUGAGCCCGAUAUGGAGUACAGGUAUAAAUGUGCUACAUGUGAAAAGUCCUUCCGGGUUGAGAACGCCCUGAAGUUUCAUAACUGCCGAACUGAUGAUAAGACGUUUCAGUGUGAGAUCUGCUCGCGGUUCUUCUCCACCAACAGCAACCUCUCCAAACACAAGAAGAAGCACGGAGAGAAGCUGUACUCCUGUGAGAUCUGCAACAAAAUGUUCUACAGAAAAGACAUCAUGCAGGACCAUCAGAGACGUCACAUGAUGGGUGCAAAGUGCAUGAAGAGAGAGGAGCUGGAGUCGAGUGGAGAGGAGGCCUCCAAAUACAAGAAAGAGCCAUCGGCCUGUCCCAUUUGCAGCAAGGUGUUUUCCUGUCGCAGUAACAUGAACAAGCACCUGCUGACUCACGGGGACAAGAAGUACACCUGCGAGAUUUGUGGACGAAAGUUCUUCAGAGUGGAUGUCCUGCGAGACCAUAUCCACGUCCACUUUAAGGACAUAGCACUGAUGGAUGAGCAGGAGCGAGAAAACUUCAUUAAAAGAAUUGGAAUCUCCAUGGAGGACAGUGAUGGGCUCUCUGAUGAUGAGGAUGAAAAAGAUGACCCAGAACAUCACAAAUACAACUGCAAAAAGUGCCAGAUGACGUUUGCUAAAGGGCGAGAUUACCUGAAGCACAUAAUGCAGAUGCAUAAAGAGCGAGGCUACGGCUGUGGUAUCUGUAAUCGUCGCUUUGCCCUAAAAGCUACUUACAAUGCUCACCUUGUCAUCCACCGGGAGCAACUCCCUGACCCGGCUGUACAGAGGUAUAUCCAUCCAUGUGAAAUGUGUGGCCGUAUCUUUAACAGCAUUGGCAACCUGGAGAGACACAAAAUUAUUCACACAGGUGUAAAGAACCACUGUUGUGAGCAGUGCGGAAAAUCCUUUGCAAGAAAAGACAUGCUAAAGGAGCACCUCCGAGUCCACGACAACAUCCGAGACUUCCUCUGCGCAGAAUGUGGAAAAGGAAUGAAGACCAAGCAUGCAUUGAGACAUCACAUGAAGCUCCACAAGGGAAUAAAGGAGUAUGAGUGCAAAGAGUGUAACCGCAAGUUUGCCCAAAAAGUCAACAUGCUGAAACAUUACAAGAGACACACAGGAGUGAAGGACUUCAUGUGUGAGCUGUGUGGAAAAACCUUUAGUGAGAAGAACACCAUGGAAACACACAAACUCAUUCACACAGGACUCGCAAAUGGAAGUCAAAUUCCGGCAGAGUGGAGGGGAGGGGGGCACAGAAAGGCAACUGGCCAAACUAACAACAUUCUACAGGUGGGAAAGACAUGGUCAUGCACAGUGUGUGAUAAGAAGUAUGUGACAGAGUACAUGUUGCAGAAACACGUUCAGCUCACACAUGACAAGGUGGAGGCACAGGACUGCCAUCUGUGUGGAACUAAAGUCUCCACACGUGCAUCGAUGAAUCGUCACCUUCGCAGGAAACACCCUGAGGUGGUGCAAGUGAGAGUGGAGGGCUUUGAAGAUCUUCAGGAUUCUGCAACUAUUGGUGCCUCCUCCAUCAGCAUAGUACAGCCAUCUGUGCCACUGGAGAAAACCCCCCUCUCUACAGAGAAUUCUCUCCAGAGCUCCAGUCCCGAUAAGAAACAGCAGAAGCAUCAGCUGGAGGAGCCGGAGCUGUCAGACUCAGAUGAGUAUGCAGAAUUCACCAACAAAACCACCUUCACAAGCGCUGUGGGAGACGAGACUAACUCUGCUGUACAGAGCAUUCAGCAGGUGGUUGUAUUGGCGGACCCCAACACCACUGCUGCAGAAUCUCCCUCUAGUUCUGUGAGUCUGACCAACAUCACGGUGACUCCAAUAAACACGCCCGCCCCGACACAGUUCACCAACCUGCAGCCUGUUGCCAUGGGACACCUGACGCCUAACGACCGGCCUUUGAGUCUGGACAACUCCAUCCUGACUGUGACUUUUGAUACAGUGAGUGGUUCCACCAUGCUACACAACCGUCCGGAAGAGCUGCAGAGCGAGGGAGGGGCGGGGCCUGCUGCUCCUCAAUCUGUCGCUCACUUUAUCAACCUCACCACCUUUGUCAACCCCAUAACCCACCCCAUGGAGCAGACGGCAUUAGCCUGGAGGCCUGUUACUCCUGCUGAUGGGACCCACGUCACAGCAGCAAUAGAUGGAUCCCAACCGGACCCUCAGGACCCCCAGGACCCCCAACUUCAGGGGGCCACUUCGCAGCAGCUGCCCCAGCAAGCACAUCCCCCAAUGGAGCAAAGUCAUCAGAUCCAGCCUGAGACUUCAGAACCUACGCAGGAUUCCUCUACAGCGCCACAGAUGUUUAGCUACUGAAAGUUAAAAGUAAACAAUUAAAGGGGAACUCCACACAGUUUUCCUAAUUCCUGUGUAAAUUUGUGUGUAAACUGAAGACAUUCAAAGUGAGUGGGGACAGUCAGAGAGUGGGGUGCGGUGUAAAAUUGUGGUUCAUUUUAGAGAAAAUUUUCAACAGUGUUAGUGAAUCAAAUCAAAUGACUAAAACACAAAUAGUCCCAUUUCAUUUACUUUCCAAACCCACUAGUAAACCUACAUAAGUCUUUUCAGUUUUAUAGGGGAUGGCGAUAAAUAGUUGAAAAUUUGAUGCAUACACAAUUUCCUUGUGGACUACUUUUUGCUGAACAGCUAAAUGUAUCCCUCCACAUUUUAAUGAUAUGUGAUUUUUAAAAUAACCUUCUGAGGCUUCAGGCAGCAUGUUCAUAAUUCUUACUGUGAAUUGAGUGUUUCAAACCAAACCCGCUCUGAAUUUUUACACCCGGGAGCUUUGACAAAUUGGUGGAGCUCCCCUUUUGCACUUGGCAGUUUAAAGCAAUCCUGGUCUAUCUCUACUCUGCAUUAGCUAAGAUUUUUUUCUGCUCUAACACACUUAACCAUUCCCCUCUUCAGGUUUUUCUAUACUGCCUGGGGAGGGCCUGGAAAGGAAGGGCUUAAAAAAGAGCAGGUAAAUGCUGAUUGCAGAAGCAGAGUUUGGAAACCACAUACAGAUGUGUGCUUUUUACAGUGCAUUUUAAGUUGUUUAAAAAGAAUAAUGCCACCAGUCACAUUUAUUAGUUUAAUAUGAACGCAAACCAAAGCUGUAUGUAUAUUAUUUUGAAUGGCUUGUUGCGUUUGUAUUGCAGUCUUUUGCAAGAGACCGUUCUAAACUGGAAACAUAAGUUCUUCCUCAAGUUCAGAGAAGCUGUUUGUAAGAAACAAGUAUAUUAAGAUAAGAAACAAAGAAAGAAAGAUAAAUGUGAAGCUGUCUUACCUGCUCACCUGACUAUGGAUCUUUUUUAAUGAACUUUUUGUUAUUUUCACACCAGGUAGCUUUAAAUAAACUAAAUCUAUAAUCAC